UUUAUUUUCUCAUCCCUUCCCUUUUCUUCUUCUGCUGAAACCCCCUCCCCCUUGUGUUUUCCCUCCAGUCGAGACCUUAGUCGCCACCCAGAUCGGAAGUCGAACGUUUGCCACGCGCCGCGCCUCUGAAAGAACAUAGCCGCCCGCGUCCGCACAGUCGUAACACCCAACCGCUCACGUCCGCACCAUUUCGUCUACCUAGUCGCGUCGGGCAAGAGACCUUCGCCACUUGUCUGUCCUUGCGAGAUCCAAUCGCUGACUGGUUCGUCCGUUCGCGCUCAUCGACCAACCACCGAAGUCGCUGCCCAGAUCUCUCCAACCCCAGCCGCGCGAUCCCGCCUCACUGUGCGGGCUGUCAGUCUUCGCCGUCUCUGUCGAAGCACACCGCCACUCCAGCCGUCUCGCUCCGCUCGUCAUGCCCGACCGACAAUCUCUUAUUCAGCCCAUCACCGCAACUGGAACUCGUGGCCAGUCGCCAUAAUUUUGGGCCUUAGGUAAGAUUGUGCUACUUUUUAUGGUUUCUUGGAGGUUCCGAAAACUAUUGAAUUUCGGUUUAAGAUUUGGCUUGUCCCUGAUGUCUUGAUGUUAGAAUCAAGUUUCGAGAAUUUUGGUUUGUUGCCCAACUCGUUCGAGGCCGUUUCUUUAGACGUUUGGGUUAAAUCUUGGGUCUUGUCUAAGGCGGGAGAAAUUACUUUGGAUAAUUUCGUCGUGCAAUUCAAGGAUUCAUCGGAGGUUGUGUUUCCUUCAGGAUUCACCAGAUGUUGUGUUUCUUUCAAGAUUUAUCAGAGGUUGUGUUUCCUUCAGGAUCCACUAGAGGUUUUGUUUCCUUCGGUAUCUACUAGAGGUGGUGUUAUCCUUCGGGAUUCACCAGAGGUUGUGUUCCUUUCGGGAUUCACCAAAGGUUAUGUUUCCUUCGAGAUUCACCAGAGGCUGUGUUUCCUUCGGGAUUCACUAGAGGUGCUUUCCUUCGGGAUUUACCAGAGGUUGUGGGUCAUACGGGACUUACUAGAGGUAGUGGGCAUACUUAAGUACAGUAGGAUAAAAAUCAGCUUUUCAUAUAUGUAUGUGUCCCCUGAGGACUAGAGAAGUGUAUAUGUUCCACUAGAGGACAUAGAUGCUUAGCUUGACCCUAGUAGUGAGGUUACUUACUGAGUAUUUUAUACUCAUUCUUUCUCAUGUUGUUGUUUUAGGUAAAGGUAGAGAUGCACCAACGAUUGACAAGUGGAAUCCGUGAUCGAGCCACUGGAACCAGUUUUAUGCUU